CUCAUCUGUCAAGACUAUCUUUGCGUUGUUAUACCUCUGGCCGGGAACCUUGCACAUAACGCCCGCGCUUUCUCCCAGCUGCUGCCACACAUACCUGCAUCAUGGCCGACCUGACGGCCGAGCUGUCAGUUUUAUUGGAGAAAUUUACUGCCACUCAAAUGGUGCUGGCAGGCAGCGCUAUACUAUUCCUGGCCCUCAUCAUAGGGCGCGUACUGUUCAAUAAUCUUCCGGGCAAGCGCCCGCCCGUAUAUGAGGGCAUUCCGUUUGUUGGUGGUCUGUUGAAGUUUUCACAGGGCCCAUGGAAGCUGCUGCAUGAUGGAUAUGCCAAGUUCGGCGAGGUGUUUACCGUACCUGUGGCGCACAAGCGUGUUACUUUCCUGAUCGGCCCGGAUGUGUCGCCUCAUUUCUUCAAGGCGGGCGACGAUGAGAUGAGCCAGUCAGAGGUGUACGACUUCAACGUUCCCACCUUCGGCCCAGGCGUUGUGUUUGAUGUCGAGCAGAAAGUCCGGACCGAACAGUUCCGCAUGUUCACGGAGGCACUCACUAAGAACCGCCUCAAGGCGUAUGUGCCCCAGUUCAACAGGGAAGCCGAGGAGUACUUUGCCAAGUGGGGUGAUGAGGGCGUCAUCGAUUUCCGUGACGAGUUCAGCAAGCUGAUUACACUGACCGCUGCGAGAACUCUGCUCGGCCGCGAGGUUCGCGAGCAGCUCUUUGAGCAAGUGGCCGACCUGCUGCAUGGCCUGGAUGAGGGCAUGGUCCCCAUCUCUGUGUUCUUCCCCUACCUGCCCAUCCCAGUGCACCAGAAGCGCGACAGGUGCCGCAAGGAGCUGUCCAAGAUCUUUGGCAAGGUUAUUCGCCAGCGUCGGGAGUCCGGACACCGCGAGGAGGACGUGCUUCAGCAGUUCGUUGACGCCAGGUACCAGAACGUGAAUGGCGGCCGCGCGCUAACGGAGGAGGAGAUUACCGGCCUGCUUAUCGCGGUGCUGUUCGCCGGCCAGCACACCAGCUCCAUCACUACAUCAUGGACCGGCAUCUUCAUGGCCGCGAACAAGAAGGCAUGGCUGCCGGCGGUGGAGGAGCAGAAGGCCAUUGUGGCCAAGCACGGCACGGACUUGAGCUUCGAAGCGCUCUCCGAGAUGGAGGUGCUGCACCGCAACAUAACCGAGGCGCUGCGCAUGCACCCGCCGCUGCUGCUGGUCAUGCGCUACGCUAAGAAGCCCUUCUCCGUCACCACCAGCGACGGGAAGACCUUUGUCGUCCCGAAGGGCGACGUCGUGGCGGCCUCGCCGAAUUUUUCGCACAUGCUGCCACAAAUCUUCAAGAACCCGAAGGCGUAUGACCCGGAUCGGUUCGCUCCCCCCCGCGAGGAGCAGAAUCGGCCUUACUCGUUCAUCGGCUUCGGCGCUGGCCGCCACGCCUGCAUUGGUCAGAAUUUCGCGUACCUGCAGAUUAAGUCGAUCUGGUCGGUGCUGCUUCGCAACUUCGAGUUUGAGCUUCUGGAUCCGGUCCCAGACGCAGACUAUGAGUCAAUGGUGAUUGGCCCCAAGGCCUGCCGUGUCAAGUACACGCGCCGGAAGCUGCUGUGAACAGCAUGCAUGGGUUGUUCGAAUAGCUGGGUUUCAAGGGUGGCUUCGGAUAUGCUUUCAGAGCAAGUGGACAGGUGUGGGCCUUCUGCCAUGUGUCCUGAUGGCAGGUUGUGCUAUGGCCACCUCUUAAAAAGGGAGUCUUGGCGCCAUCCAGUUGGGGAGCUGGGGUAAUGUUUUUGAUAUUUACAGGCCUGGUGCAUCUCGGUCUUAAGAUCGUACCUGGUGUACCCUUUCUCAAUUGGCUGUGGACGUGCGUUUCGUUGCGCACACUGCUGCGUGCGAAUAAUUCGUUUUGCAUUAUUGCAGUGCUGCUGAGUUUUCCUGCCCUAGCCCGAGUUUUUUCUCAUCAGACCGAAGGCGUGCUGAAAUUGUGUAUUGACCCUAAUGACCCUAAUGACCAGACUUUGACAAGUAGAAUGUGGCUAUGUUGUCUGGUUGAUGGAUUAAGACAAGUAUCAAGGCAAGCUCCGACGGUGUAGUGGCGCUUUUAAGUGCACUCGCGAGCGCUUGGAAAAUGAGUUGUCCCAAGGUAGCACCGGUUUUGCAAGGGCGCAGUUGCCAGUUGCGAGGAAGAAUUCGAAAGCCGUAAACGGAUCGGCGGUUGUUGGUGAGUAAUUUACUAACUUGGAACCCGGGUUCAUGCUAUUGUGCUGUUUUAGGUACUGGAGGACGUUUGGCAGCCGGUUGUGACGGUCGACCCAUUCAGAUGCCGGCUGCACGCGUAAUAUAUGUCAGGCCUUGCUAAGGGAUUGUGUGACCACAUCCUCAUCGCGUCAGACGGAUUUCGGUCGACUAUGAAGCGCAUCGUUUGUAUUUCGAAAAAAGCUCUUGU